AUGGCCUGGACGCUGUUGCUCAUCCUCAUCACGCUCCACACAGGUGACCGGGAUGCUGAGGAUGCUAAGGGAGGCGGGACUGCUGGACUUCGAGAAAGUCCACCGCGAGCUCUUCUCCUCCGGGUAACUGGCGGGUGUGGAUGUGGCCCGCUCUCUGCCCCAGGAUCCUGUGACCUCUGGGUGUCCCAAGCCCCGGAGGUGUACACCCAGGAGGGCACCGCUGCCCUGCUGCCCUGCGCCUUCAAUGCCAGCCGGAGCAGCCUGGCCAUUGGCUCCGUCACGUGGUACCGAGACAAGGUGGCCCCGGAAAACGAGGUGAGGAACGCGACUCCGGAGUUCAGGGGCCGCCUGGCGCCCCUGGCGCCGUCGCGCUUCCUCUGGGAGCACCAGGCCGAGCUGCGCAUCGGGGACGCCCGGGCCCGCGACGCCGGCGUCUACCUGUGCCGAGUGGAGGUGCUGGGCCUGGGCGUCGGGACGGGGAACGGGACCCGGCUGCUGGUGGGAAAAGGGCCCCCAGCCCGGCCGCACGCAGGGGCCCCGCGUCCAGAGUCCAGCGCAGCGCUGCUCCUGCGAGCCGGAUUCUUCGCCUUCAGCUUCCUCUCUGUGGCCUUGGGCAGCGCCCUGUGCUUCCGGGGCAAAGGUGAGGAGUGGCGCUGCCGGGGCGGGAGCGAGGAGGAGCCCAGGAGGCUUCUGGCCACGCCACGGAGCUGA